GCGUUUAAAAUGUUGUCAGUCGCAAUGCAUCUUGGCCACCAUGCAGUCCAGGUACAUGCGGAAUGUCCAGCAGUGGAAAUUGAACGAAUCUCCCUGUGCCGUGAAUGAAUCUCCUGUGCGCAACCUGCGGAAUCGGACGAUGUCAUAGCGCUACAGCGAGGCCAGGCCGCUGUGGGUACUAUGCCAUUAAUGUAUGUCUCCUUGCUUAUAAUUGUAACCCUUAUACUGUUUCUGAUUUCGCCGACAUUGUCCACUGGAUAGAAGAAGAGCACCAUGCCGUCUUCCCACAGGACGGCAGUGCUGCAACUGGUGUGGACAUAGAAGUCCUGUCUGUGGCAGUUAUGGCGGUGCUGGGACGCUGUGCUCGACUUUUGCUCCUGUUGUUACCGUUGCUCGGUCCACUGGCUCUGGGACAUUUACCUCUGUUCCAUGACGCCAACAACAAUGGGCAAACGGCGAUGGAAAUGCUGAUUAGUGGCUUGACAGAUGAUUGGUCCAGUCCUCCGGAGCCGGAUGGCCAGCACCUCUCCGUUGACUCGUACAAGAGCUAUACCACACGACAAAGAAAAGAGGGAAGACCUCAAUGGGCAGAGGAAAGUGGGAUGUCAAUAGGUAAAGCAAGUUUGGGGAGAGUGUAUUGGACUAAUGAGAGACAAAAGAAUGUGCGUAGAAGACAGGAUGGACCCAGCAACUUGGAGCACAACCUGUCACAGAUGGUUGUGUCGGUGGAUAGUGCACUUACGUCCCAAAUUGACAACAACAACAAAUCUAGGGAUCGAGUAGAGGAGAAUGCCGAUCUCGUAGAGGAGAAUACCGAUCUCGUAGAGUCGUCAUCGACAAAGAUUACGACUUCACAACACUCCACAGCAGCUGCUACGACUCAGGCUGAGAACAACAAACUUGUUGGAAUGAAUUCAAACAGGACGGCAGAGCCAGAUAUGCUAAUGCUAGAAAGAGGUAAGGUUGGCGACGAGGUCCUCAUCAACAACUCAAGGAUCCCAUCCCAGGUACAUGUCACCGUUUCAGUGGAGCGGAACGGGGAGAACGUGGAGGAGAAGAGAAGGAACUGGGUGGAAGAGGAGUCGUCAGUGCGAAAGGAGUGGCCGAACAUCGCUGCGCUUCCUUCUCCUCGCCAAGGGCCAACAGCAUCCCUCCUUACCUGGUUGAUGUCAAAAAUGUCAUUCACAGAGGUGAAGGAUACCGAGGGAGUGCCUCGGGGUCAUUCCCCUCCCCCUCCAAGGAUGACGUCAUUGAUGUCGACUGGGGAAUCCAUGAAAGCAACACAAGCCUUGACUGUAAACAGGGCAACGUUUUCUUCUGAGAACGCGACCGCUGAGGACAUUGAUGUAGACAGGACUGGACUGAUGUUCCCAGCUCAGCGCAAGUUCGUUGCCACACGAUCCCCACCACCACCACACAGGCAACAGUCUCUACCACAACAGCCACAACAAACAAAGGACAGACAAGAGGAGGAGGAACGUCAUCAACGGUCGGAACAACAAGGGCAAGAGCAGCAGUCAGAACAGGAGCGACAACAUCAGCAGCAACAGCGACAUAUUUUUGUGCCUAACCAGACCUCACUGCCACAGCCACAAGCUCAAAAACAAUCUUUGCAAUUGCGGCCACAUCCGAAAACAGGCGAAGGAGGAGGGGAGGGACAGGGGCAGCAAGCAACACAUGAAGCCUUCGAACAACUGUUACGCCGAUUUUUGCAACCACAACCUACACCGUCACCAUCAUUCCGAGGACACCAAAGAACAGAGCAAGAAGAAGAAAGACACGAUCCGCACGGACAACAAUGGCAACAGCAACAGCAACAGCAACAGCAAGUGCAACUGCGACUGCAGCUGGAGGAGCAAGAUCGGCCACAGCAGAAGCAGAGACAGCAGCAGAUAUAUUUGGCUAAACUGCGUGCGGCCAGCCGCUAUCAGUCCUUCUCUGAGAUGAUGCCAAAGAGGCCACCCUUGCUUCUAGAGCAGCCUCAGAGCCCUCUCUACUCCCUGUAUAUAUUGCUGCGGACGGUGAAACUUCCACUCGACCUCCUCCUGCAACGAAAAAAAGAUGUCUUGUUGCGAGGACAGGUCCAGGCUGAGGUCAAGGGUGUUGAGCAGGACCAGCUCAACAUCGGAGAGGCAUGGCGGAGCUGCGCCAUUGUUGGGAACAGUGGCUCUCUUCUUGGAUCACGGCGGGGGUGGGAGAUUGAUCAUCACGAGAUGGUGAUGAGGCUGAACAAUGCUCCGACGAUGGGAUUUGAGAAAGAUGUGGGAGGGAGAACUACCCUCUCCCUCAUCAAUGGUAAUCUGCUUCAUGCUUGCGCGGAGAAGCCUCUAUGUCCCUGUUUCCCAUAUGGGCCCAACGUUGGGCUCAUCUCUUAUGCCUGCCAGCCAGCCCACUGGGAUGACCCCGGUCGCUGCACCGAGUCGCAUUCAGACUCCUUUAUUUAUAUGGUUGACGACAACCUGCAGGCCAUUUGCAACCGGAUAGUAGUCGAGCUCACACGCGCCAGACUGGCGAGCCGAGGCGAGACUUUGCAUGCCUGGGUCCGACGGAAGAAGACCACUAUACAUUUCUCGACGGGGAUGCUGGCUGUCUUAUCUGCAAUAGCAAUGUGCCAAGCAGUCGAUCUUUACGGCUUCCAAGGGGACUCGGAGCAGCACCAUUACUUCGAAAAUGUCACCUUGCAUGAGAUCCCCGACCAUGAUUACGAAGCAGAAAUGACCUUUUUCAGGCUACUUCAGGAAGGUCCUCAGGAUCAGAUACCCUUGAUUGGUUCCCAUAGCUUCCCUUUCCCACUUGUUGCACUCAUCAGCUAGUGCAGCUUGGCUACGGUCUUCACCUUAAUACAACGUACGGUCAUUAUUUCUGUGUAUCUAGACUCAAAGUUGCACCGAAUACAGCUAUAAUGAC